AAAUUUUGUGAGCAUCAAUUUGCAUCAAAAAAAAAAACGUAAGAAAGAAACCAGUGUUCUUAUUAAAACCAAACACAUAACAACCGUUCAAAAGUAGAAAUCACUCAUCAUUCACGGGGCUGCCGAUGUGUGAUUAGAGCUAAAAGGUCAUCCGAACGUCGUCUCGUUUGAUCAGAUCACAACAUCUGUAUGAACCUUUGCAAGUGCAAAAUGAGUUCGGCCAGCGUUGGCAAUAUAGCAGAAGCGUCGUCCAAUUUAAAUGUUGUGCCUGGACGAAGCCAAACGAUGUGCCGUUAUUAUUUGAGAGGCAUUUGCCGAUUCGGUGACUCGCUUUGUCGCUUCUCCCAUGACAUAACUCGGGGUCGACAUGAAGGUGAGCCACAUGCCAGCAAUAUAAAUCCAAAUACAGACACCGAUGCCGACGUCGAUGGCGAUAUCGAUGCUAAGGCAGAGGCGGAGUUGGAAGCGGAGUUGGAGUUGGAAGCGGAGCAGGAUGUCUUGCCCAGCACCAGUCGUCGCAAUUGGGUGAAUGCGCCGAUAUUUGUGCCCAGCCAGAAACGUUUUGAGAUUGAGGAUGCGCAUGAGGACGAGGCAACGGGCAGUUCCAUUAUUCAAAAUGGAGUAACAUGGGCGGAAAUUGUCGGCGUUCCGUCCACACAUAGCCAAGACAUUGAAAUUAAACAGGGUGAGCCGCAUUCCUUGGAUGAGGUAUGUCCAUAUGAGAGUCCAUGCCCCUACGGCAAGUAUUGUCCCUAUCGCAUACAUAUGGAGCUAUGCGAGAUGUGCGACCAAUACUGCCUGCAUCCAACGGACCAAGCUCAACGAAAGAAACACAAUCGUGAGUGCCUGCAACAGCACGAACAGGCAAUGGAACUGUCUUUUGCGAUUGCCCAGUCUAAAGAUAAGACGUGCGGCAUCUGCUUCGACACCAUCAUGGAGAAGGCUGGACGCGAGAAGCGCUUUGGCAUCUUGCCCAACUGCAAUCAUAUCUUCUGCCUGGAAUGCAUCCGCACAUGGCGUCAGGCCAAACAAUUUGAGCACAAAAUCACGCGAGCUUGCCCCGAAUGUCGCGUGUGCUCCGACUUUGUUUGCCCCAGUGCAUUUUGGGUAGAAACUAAAGAGGAAAAGGAUAAACUGCUUAAUGAUUAUCGUGCAGCCCUCGGUGCCAAGGACUGCAAGUAUUUCAAAAAGGGCGAGGGAAAGUGUCCCUUCGGCAACAAGUGCUUCUACAAGCACGCUCUGCCCAAUGGCGAUAUUGUGGAUGUUGGGUUGCCAAAACGAGCUCGGAAAGCGUACAACCAGAGUCAACUCAUGGACUUACUUGAUAUUUAUCUAUGGGAAUACGUCGAUCGACGCGAUAUUCACUGGUUGGAAUAUUAUUCAAGUGAUUUAAGCGAUGGCUCCGAUUUCACGGAUGAAGAAUAAGCUAUUCGCGCCAGGAACAAUAAUAUUAUCGGAACCACUAUAAGUAACAUAUGCAUAACUAAAAGUUAGAUUCAAUAACAAACUAAAAAUAACAUAAACCUUACAAUGCUGAUAUAUAUAUAUAUAAUACUGCAUGAAAAAAAUCAAAUGUGUAAUUAAAAAUAAGAGAUGAUUUAAGUACCAAAUUAUUGUUUACAUACGGAAAUAAAAGUAUAUAUUUUUGCCCAACUUAACGCAACGAAAUUACCAGCAAAUUUUCCGCAAUGCAAAUGAAACAACAAAAUUGUGAAAAAAAAAAACAAAACAAACGAAAACCAAAAAGAUGUGGUUAAUAAUUAAAUUUAAAAAAUUAAUAUUGUAAAUCACUUAUUAUUUAAAAGAUAUUUUAAAAUAAACAAAAAGCAGGAUACAUUAAACAGUUAAUUAUUCAAAAUAGGUGAUAUAAAAAUGUGUAUACACAACUAUGCCUUUCAGACUGAAUUGUAAACAUAAAAAAUAAGCGAAUUUUUUAUGAUGUUUUCCACUUACUGUCCUUUAAAGUUUACUUACAAAUAAGAAAAUGCGCACACAGGAAUAAUCAGAUGCUCAUGCACACACACACACACAUAAUGUAUACAUAUUAAACUGGAAAUUAUUGUUUGUCAGUCGAUUCUAUUGUUUGUAUUGUUACGAAACUACUUAUUACCUAAUUAGAUAUUAAAAUAUAUAAUUCGAAUAAUGCCAGCAUA